GAUGGGAGGUUAGCAGCCGCCGCUCAGGCAGCAAUGAGUUAACAUUGUGUGUGUGUGGUGGGAGGUGGAGUUUCACACUUCCAUGCAUAGGUGUGCCUGAAGCCCUACUGAGAGAAGGCACAUACUGCAAGGUGAGGGGCAACCCGAAGAGCUUGGCAAAGUUUUCCCCUAGUACAGAACCAGCGCUGGGCCCAGGAUGCUGGUGAAAGAGUACCGGAUCUGCAUGCCACUAACAGUGGACGAGUACAGAAUCGGACAACUGUACAUGAUCAGCAAACACAGCCAUGAGCAGAGUUCUGAUGGAGAAGGGGUGGAGGUGAUCAUCAAUGAACCUUAUGAAGAUCCCAUUCAUGGCAAAGGGCAAUACACGGAGAAGAGACUCUACCUAAACAGCAAACUGCCAACGUGGGUGAGAGGAUUUGUUCCAAAGAUAUUCUACAUUACAGAAAAGGCUUGGAACUACUAUCCUUAUACUGUAACAGAAUACACAUGCUCUUUCCUGCCAAAAUUUCAAAUCCGAAUAGAGACCAAGUUUGAAAAUAACAAUGGUUGCAAUGCACAGGUAUUUGGUGAAAAACCAACUCCAGAAGAUGAUGUGUGUUUUAUUGAUAUAGCUGAGGACGAACUUCCAGAAGGUUAUUACAAAAAAUCAGAGGACCUCAGAACUUUCCGUUCAGAAAAGACUGGUCGAGGGCCAUUAUUGCAGGAUUGGCAUGAAACCACAAAGCCCAUUAUGUGCUCUUAUAAAUUAGUAGCAGCUAAAUUUGAAGUGUAUGGAUUUCAGUCAAGAGUAGAAAGCUUUAUUCAUAAGAACAUCAAAGACAUUUUGCUUGCUGGCCACAGACAAGCUGUGGCAUGGAUGGAUGAAUGGUAUGGUAUGUCACUGGAAGAUGUUCGGAAGUUUGAGAAAAAGCUUCAGGAGGAAACCAACUGUAAAGUCAAUUCUCAGAAAAAGAAUGCAGAUUCAAAGAGUGAAAACUUGCUAAACAUUGGUGGAGGAAAGCAUUCAAUUAACAGAUCAACCUCCUGGAAUAAUGGGACAGAGGCAGGCCCCUAUGCAUCAACCAAUGGAACUGCAGAAUCCAAGCCCCGACCAAGGCUGCCUUCAGCUCCAGAAUAAUAUUUAGAGAUAAUGAGAUCUUCAGCUAUAGCAUAGGACAUUGUCUGAACAAGUCCUGGAAGAUGUUACUGGGGUUUUCUGAACAACCCAAUUACUAUAUACUUUAUGGGAUGAGGAGGUCUCCUUGAUCUCCAUCAUGUUUACCUUUGAUUAGUAAGAUGCAGAAAAAGGCUAAGACUUGAACUUGUUCUUGUACGAUUGCGGCACACAGCAUAAACUUGUUAAUAUAACAUAUAGAGGAGAAUUUAAUCUACUUUAGGAUGUUUAUUUCAGGGUAAUGUUGUAAUGGGUGCAGGAGAAAUAACUGAAAUAGGGCACAAGAACUUACACAUUGAACACAUCACCACCACCCAGAAGUUGCAGAAAAAUAAUUUUAAGUGACAGAUGAGAAACAACUUGUAAAUAUGUUUACUACAUGUAUAUUCUUUAUGUUGUACAGUUGAGGUAUGCAGGUCAUUUUAUCUACUAUUUUUUUAAUUCCUUUUUUCUUGGGCACAGAAAAUGUUCAGGCAACUUGCAUGGACCAGCAAGUAAACGGUUAGUGUUGAUCGAAUCUUGAUUGAAGAAAACUCGCACCAGUGGUUAGCUGAUGACGUCACCACACGCACCCAGCGUGAUUACGUGGUGAUGUCAUCACACUCGCCGCAGGUCUUUGGCAGGUUUUCUUCAAUCAAGAUAGGAACGGACAGCCUCUCUGAGAUCAACUGGAUGAGGUGAGUAUAAUUUUUUUUUUAACCCCCGAGCAACUGAAUGUGAGUCACAGAUGCAGUAAUCAGCGUUGAAUGCGGCAUUUCAGGGGUU